CGCUACAAAAACCAAAACGAUUUCAUUACAAACAUUCAACCCAAACUGGCCACUAUAUAACUGUCUUUACUGCAACCUUUAAAGUGUUUAAACACCGAGUAUGUAAUAAUAACACGCGAAUUAGCGGGGAAAACAACAAUACCUUGCCAUGGUUGGACUUUUUUUCGGAAUGAGUUUAUCUGCGAGGCUCAGCUAUUUAUACCUUUUGCAGCGGAAGUAGCCUCGUUUUCAUGAUUCGUGGGACAGGAAGUAAACAUUGCUGAUUUGGAAUAAAGGCAGAAAUAUCCCCCUAUCCCCCUAUAAAUACAGUAGAAAGAGUGAAAAACUGCAUCGAUAACACGAAAUCAAAUAUUUUUUAAAAAUAAAAUCUCUUCCUAUCCAUUAAAUACACAUCAACCGCUACCACCCCUCCCUUCUAUACUAUACUCAGCGUGACAGCAAUUCCAAGAUGGCGCUAGGGUUGUCGUUCUUUGUUGAAGGCCAAAUGUUACUGAUUGAGCGAUAAGGCUGUUGAGUUCUCUGUCCGUAAGUUAUGGCUCAAAAGUCAAGGCUCCCAAGCUUAACCUCAGAGCAGAUAAAAUGUAUUUUGAGGGAGGUUCUCAGUGCAUUUGAUGAACCAGAGAACAAAGUCAAGAUGGAGGUCAUCUUUGAUUCAUCAGGUGCAAACCUUGUGGCUUUAAUGCACCAGCUGGUACCUGCUGCUGCCGCCAUACAGCGCAACGUCAUCCAAGCACAUGGCUUCCCCUCAUCAGAUGAAGGGGUUCUCAGGUUCACACAGAUGGUAAACUUCUUUGCCAAGGAUGACCCAGAAGUCGAGACACUUGCCAAUCAACUGAGGACAAAAUUCAUUCCCCAAAUGCCAGUACCACCAAUAUUCCAUCCACUUGUUGAUGUAACAUAAGCUCUGGACAGUAAAUUUGGGAAAUAUGUAUAUAUUGGGGAAAUAUGGAAAUUUCUUCUUACCAAUUAAUUAAUGGUUUUCUUCAAAUUGUUUUUCUCUAUUUUACAUGUUUUUGACAAUUUAAUUCAUAUUACUCAUGCUGGCGCUGUUUGAGUCUUGUUUUCUGUUCUCUACAUAAAUAAAAAAAUGAAUCAA